CUGCGCGGUGACGUCGGCGCGCCGUCGGUGCGUGGUGGUCACGCGUCGAGCCUCUCGGAUGUGCGGAGCGGCAACAUUGUAGCGAGAGAUCAGCCUCGCUGUGGGAACCAACAGGAAGCAGCAUGGUUUAAGAAGCCGGAGCACUUUUUGUGAAAGGGAGGCGUUUAAGGCAAACGAGAGCUUUUGGAAAUACUGAAACCAGUGACCCUUCUCUGAUGCCUCCAGCUCUUGCAGUGGUGAACAAAGUAAUCCACCCUCAGCCAUCACUGUGCUGAUCCCUGAUCUCUAGCUGUAAUGUCUGUGCCCGUAAUGGACAAACACAAAGUAAAACGUGCGCGUCUUGAUCGGAUUUGCGAAGGUAUUCGUCCUCCGAUCUUAAAUGGCCCAAUGCACCCACGUCCUUUGGUGGCGCUGUUGGAUGGCCGGGAUUGCACUGUGGAAAUGCCAGUCCUGAAAGACGUUGCAACAGUGGCAUUCUGUGAUGCACAGUCUACUCAGGAGAUACAUGAGAAGGUACUAAAUGAAGCAGUGGGCGCCCUGAUGUACCACACCAUUACAUUAACACGAGAGGACCUAGAGAAAUUCAAAGCACUUCGAAUUAUUGUCAGGAUUGGCAGUGGCUAUGACAAUGUCGACAUCAAAUCAGCUGCAGACUUAGGGAUUGCCGUGUGCAACAUUCCCUCGUCAUCGGUGGAAGAGACAGCAGACUCCACACUGUGUCACAUUUUAAACCUUUACAGACGAUCGACAUGGCUGCACCAGACUUUGCGAGAGGGGACGAGGGUGUCGAGCGUCGAGCAGAUCAGAGAGGUUGCUGCAGGAGCAGCUCGGAUCCGCGGGGAGACUCUGGGCAUCAUUGGCCUGGGCCGUGUUGGUCAGGCAGUGGCUUUGCGGGCAAAAACGUUUGGAUUUAAUGUGAUUUUCUAUGACCCGUACCUGCCGGAUGGUGUGGAGAAGUCGCUUGGGCUCCAGAGAAUAAGCACCUUACAGGACCUGCUGGUUCACAGUGACUGUGUGACCCUGCACUGCAGCCUGAAUGAGCACAAUCACCACCUCAUCAAUGACUUCACCAUCAAACAGAUGCGUCAGGGGGCGUUCCUGGUGAACACAGCACGAGGGGGGCUGGUGGAUGAGAAAGCACUGGGCCAGGCACUGAAGGACGGACGGAUACGAGGGGCAGCUCUGGAUGUCCAUGAAUCCGAACCUUUCAGUUUUAGUCAGGGACCCCUGAAGGAUGCACCAAACCUUAUCUGCACCCCACACACAGCCUGGUACAGCGAACAGGCUUCCAUUGAAGUGCGGGAGGAGGCAGCUCGAGAGAUCCGCAGAGCUAUCACAGGCCGCAUUCCGGACACCUUAAAAAACUGUGUGAACAAAGAGUAUUUGGCAGCAGCUGCUCAGUGGACUAGCAUUGACCCGGUGGCUGUACAUCCCGAGCUGAAUGGGGCUGCUUACAGGUUUCCGAGUGGAGUGGUCGGGGUAACAGCGACAGGCAUCUCGGCUGCUGCUGUCGAAGGAAUCGUCACAGGCGCCAUCCCAAUGCAGCACGGGAUACCUUCAGUAGCCCACCCUUCACACACACCAUCCCCCAGCCAGACAUCCAAAUCAGAACCUGACAGAGAUAUCCCAGCUGACCAAUAGCAGCUCUCAAGAAGAAAAGAAAUGGCAUUCCUCACCUUUUGACCUUUAACCUUCCGCCAGGAAGUUGCCCUGAAGUUCACAGCAAAAAAAAAACUGGGACUGCAAAGUGUAGUUUGUGCAGUUAAACAGAAAGUGUGGAGGCUUUACCACAUUUCCAAUUGACGUAUGUAAUUCUGUGACUUUGUAUGAAAAGGAAAAAAACGAAACCUUGUAGUACCUCAAGUCAGCCAUGAAUGUACUCUGUCUGUGUACAGUUUUGUAGAAACCACAAAUUUGUUUAGCUGUGAAUAUACUUUUUAAAAAAAAAAGUGAAAAUAUACAGGACUUCCUACUUUUGCAUACGGAGAUGCUUUGUCAGUGCACAAGAUUCUCAGGCGAAAACUAAUAACUUCAUGAUUUUAUUGUCUUAGUUCUCUUGGUGAUUUGCCAAGUCCCUUCAGUGUCUGUGUUCACAGUGGCUGUAGCGGUUGAGGGAGACCCACUGGGCUAACGUCAGUUCUCCCAGUUACAAAACCCCAUGAAAACUGCAGUGCAUCGACGGACCCUGGUCUUCUUUCCAACUUCGCUCCCUCCCACUGCCCUCUCCAUUGUCCAACCCCCCCAUGAGAGCAAAUCCCCAGCUGUGUAUAAUGCUUCUUGGUCUGUUCAUAGUUCAGGAGAAAGUGAGGACUGCAGAUGCUGGAUAUCAGAACUGAAAAUGUGUUGCUGGAAAAGUGCA